CCGAUUCGUAUACGUCGGAAGUUUAGGCCUUUUUUAUAAUUGUUUAUAAAGUGAAGAAGAUAAUAAAGAAAAUGCAUCUUUAAGAUGCAGCGAAAGUUGCGUUUUGCCAGCUUACAUUAUGGUGUUGGAAGGAACCAACCUGUUAAAGGUGUUCUCCUACAAAUGCCUCACGGAGAAACGACGCCAUCCUUUUCGGAACAUAAUAAACACAGUUUUUCCUAUUGCCGUUGUGGCUAUUUUUGUGUUUACUCGAACUGGAUUUAAGCAAGGUGGAUUCAACUAUGUAAACAUUGUGAAUAAACAGCCCUCUACAGCGGAACUCACGGAGGAUGAUGUUGUCGCUUUCUAUCCAACGGGAUCAUUCAGCAAGCUGCUGUAUGCACCCAGCAAUGAUUUCACCGAGGAGUUGAUCGAGCACACGCGAAUGAAACUGUUUGUCACUCAUGAUCGGGUUGAAAGUUUUACCACGACCACCGAGCUGGAACAUGCCCUCCUCGUGACGUCGGAUUUUUUCGCGAUCGUUUUCGACUCCAACUCGUCGGUCAACACCCGACUGAGCUACACGAUCCGCACCAAGAACAACAACUUUCGCACGGGUGAGGUGUACUCGCGGGAUCUGUUUACGAGCUACCUGAAAGAUCGAAACGAGUACUUUGAGAGUGGAUUUUUGGCGCUGCAGUACGCGAUCGAGCGAUCAUUUUUGGAGCUUCGUACGGGCCUAGCGGACCAGGUGCUGCCCGAGUAUGAGUUCAAGCACGUGCCGCUGGGCGGUGCCCGGCCCCAGGAGGCGUCCCAGAUCUAUGCGGUGUGCAUUGUGGUGGCGAUAUUUGUUGCUGUGGCAUGUACAUACUUACUGUUGGUACCGCUGGUGGAGGAGAAAGCAUCCGGCAUGAAGGAAUAUCUGAAGAUCGCGACCCCGUACAGCUACUGGAACGAGGUUGCCGUUUUUGGAAUUAAUUUGCUUCACCUUGGCUUGAUAUCCAUGGCGUGUGUGGUCAUUUCGUGUGCGGCCUCCGUUUGGGAACAGACGGCAGCGCAGAUGGUUAGCACGAGCCUGCUCUUCCUGCUGUUCAUAACGUGUAUGAUCGCGUACACAUUUUUCAUCAGCGCCCUGCUGGAAUCGGUGACGAUCGCAACGAUUGUGGCACCAAUCUGUUACCUUGCGCCGCUGAUUUUGGUGAUCGUGCAGGUGCGCUUCGAAGCACUGCUGUCCAUAUUCCCGAUGGCUGGGUUUAGCGUGGGUAUUUCGAUUUUGAACAACUUUCAAAACUCUUGGCACAGCUUUAGGGCGGCUCACGCGUUCCUCACUGGGUACCCCGGAAAUGAACGGAUUAAUUUGUUUGGAGUGCUGACCUUACAGCUGUUUGGGACGCUUUUGUGGACUUUUUUGUGGUUCUACAUUUCGAACGUUUGGCCCGGUCGUUACGGGACACCAAAAGGAUAUCUGUUCCUGUUCAGCAGCGAUUACUACCAGAAAGGAAAGAACAAGAUCAACUCUCGAUUGGACAACUCGAGCUUGACGGAAGAUGACGCUGACGGCGCCCACAAGGGCGUGAUGGAGGAAGGAGAUCAUUUGGACAAAGUAGUCAAGAUUAGCAAUCUGAACAAGAUUUACAAAACUUCGUAUGGAACGCGGACGGCCGUGAAGAACUUAUCGCUGAAGAUUUACAAAAACCGCAUAACGGCCCUGCUGGGACACAACGGCGCUGGCAAGACGACCACGAUGAACAUCAUCACCGGCAUGACGCCACGUACCUCGGGCCGGAUCGAAAUCGACGGCGACGACAACGCGAGCAACUACCGUCAGCAGAUUGGCUUCUGUCCGCAGCACAACGUUGCGCUCGGGUACAUGAACUGCCGCGAGCACCUGGUCUUCUUCGGGGCACUCCGCGGGAUGAGUAUGGCCGAUGCAGAACGCAAAGCGGACGAGAUUCUGGAGCGGGUCAAUUUGUCGGAUAAAAGCGAAGAAGUGUUGUCGAACUUGUCCGGCGGAAUGAAGCGAAGGUUGUGCUUGGCAAACGCGAUCAUUGGCCGAACCAAGCUGUUGAUACUUGACGAACCGACGUCCGGGUUGGAUCCGGAAUCGCGUCGGGACAUUUGGGAUGUGUUGUUGAAAUUGAAGAAAGAUCACACCAUACUGAUCACCACGCACUUUAUGGAGGAAGCGGACGUCCUUGGGGAUUGGAUCGCCAUCAUGGAAAACGGAGAACUGAUCGCGUUCGGAACAUCGAUCUUCUUGAAGCACCACUACGGCAAAGGCUACACGCUGAAGCUGCUCAAGCGUAACGACUUCAAACGGAGCCAGGUGAUGGCCACGAUAGAGGAUCACGUUGGCAGGGUGGUCGAAAGACCCGCCGUCGAGUCGCUCUUCGCUGUGACGCUUCCGUACAGCUACAUUGACGCGUACGCCGCCCUUCUGAAGGAACUGGAAGACAACCGGGACGAGCUGGGAAUCGACUCGAUCAGCAUCACCAACGCGACGCUGGAGGAAGUUUUUCUCAACUCGUCCUCGCACAACAAAGCCCUGGAGGUGGAAGCCAGCAUCGACGUCCCGGAUGCACCCAUCACGUCGCGGUCGGCCAGUUUCGUGCGCGAGCCCACCAGCCCACAAAAGUACGAAAGAAUCACUCUGCCCUCGACGCUCCAGAUGCGCGCGAUCGCGUACAAAAAGCUCCUGCACAUCCGGCGGAACCUGCACAUGUACGGCAUCAUGUCCGCGCUGCCGGUUGCGGUGACAAUUCUGUGCUUUCUGUUCAGCGGCGGGUACUACCGCACCGAGUACGAUUCGAUCGUGCUGCACCACGGCUCGAUCAAGCGCCCGUUUGCGGUGAUCGUGGUGAACGGUAACGAUCGGCCGGUCGACCUGAAGAACGGGUCGUUCUUCCGUGGGUUGGAGCUGAUCGUGACGGAGGACGUGGACGUGGAUGGUUUUCUGAUGGCUGAAGCCGCGAAAGAUCGCACUCGAUACCACGAUCAGCUGGUGGCGGCGAUCGAGUUUAACGUUAGUGAGCACAAGUUGAAGGUUUUGCACAAUAACAAUUUGCUGCACAGCUCGGGGAUAGCGAUCAAUCUGGCCAGCAAUCUGCUGCUGCAUUACUACGGUUAUCCGGAGGCGGAUGUGACGGCGAAGAAUAGCCCGUCGAACCGCCGGCUACAGGUGGACUCGUUUGCGCCUUAUUUGUUCACCGAAGCAAUUUCUCUGUCCUUUAUGUUGUACAUCUUGCAGUACCUGCAGCUUCCGUAUCUGGAAGCGUCGACGGGUUUCAAGCAGCUGCACAACGUAAACCGGUACCUGUACUGGGGCACCACGCUGGCGUUUGACUUUGCCCUCCACGUGAUCAUCUGCCUGCUAGUGUUUGUUUUUGCGCUAAACAUGGAUCGCGAGAGCGUCUUCAGCCGGUACGAGCACGGUCAAAUUGUAGGGAUUCUGAUCCUGUACGGACUGGUCGCCCUGCUGGUGAUCUACAUCGUAAGCCAGUGCGUCGACAAGAUGGACACGGCGGUGACCUGCAUGAGUUACCUCAUGCUGAUCGGAGUCUGCGGCGUGUUUCUUCUGUCGGACGGGGCCGAUAAGAUCCGUGAAAAUGACGGCUUGAUACUGCUGUUGCACCCGAUCCCGGAGUUUGCGCUCAAGCACUCGCUGCGGGUCGUGUACGAGAAUCAGAAGGUGAGCAAGAUUCAAGCGCUGGUACGGCAGAAUACCUUCGGUGGAAAUCCGACCUGGGACGGCAUUAAACCGCUCAGUUUGACGUAUCUUUACGUGGUGGUACCGAUCAUGGUGAUCAUUUUCGCACUGCUGUUGAACGAAUUCAUCGAGAACAUCUACCGGAGGGAGGCGCUGGUCACCAGAAAGGUGAGAAUGUCUGCUACCUUGAAAGUUAUUCUCAGUUGCGGGACCAAAAGAAGGAAACGAAGGGCUAUUGAUCAACCGGACUCGAACUACGAACUACGGCACGAAGUUGACGACGAUGUGGACGCGGAGAACAAGAUGGUCGAUCAGUUGAUUACCAACGAACAGCCGCCAUUCUCGCCGCACACGAUCGCGGUGCACAACUUGAAGAAGCGCUACCUGGAUCUACCGGCCGUCCGCGGAAUCAGCUUCGCCGUGAAACGUGGCGAGUGUUUCGGACUGCUCGGGAUGAACGGAGCUGGCAAAACGAGUACGUUCCAGAUGAUCACCCAGAACCUGCCGAUCACCGACGGAACCAUCUAUCUGAACGAACAGAACGUGCGAUCGUCCCACAGCAAAGACUACCGGGCUCAGUACGGCUACUGUCCGCAGGGCGACUCCCUCCUAGACUUUAUGACUCCGUACGAGCUGGUCAAGUACACCGCACUCAUGAAGGACAUCAAAACACCGGACAAUUUCAUCAGCAUGUGGCUCACCGAUCUGGACAUCCUGUCGUUCGCCCACAGCCGCACCAACGAGUGCUCCGGCGGCACAAAGCGCAAGGUCAACACCGUCCUAGCGAUGCUCGGCAAUCCGUCGAUCGUGUUCCUGGACGAACCCACGACCGGAGUCGACCCCAAGUCACGCCACUACGUGUGGAGUCGCAUCAAGGCACUGCAGAGGCACGAUCAAACGAUCAUUCUGACCUCGCACAGCAUGGACGAGUGCGAAGAGCUGUGCAACCGGCUGUCGAUCAUGGUCGACGGGCAGCUGCGUUGCAUCGGCUUCAUCCAGCGAUUGAAGGAAAAGUACGGCAAAGGGUUCAACCUGCUGUUGAAGCUCACCGGUAACGAUCCGGUCGCGACUUGCGCGUUAAUUCAAACCAUCCAGGCCCAAUUCCACCCCUGCGAGCUCAAGGAAGAACACGACGGCAUCCUAAAAUUCCUCGUACGUGAACCGAUCCUGCUGUCCGAGCUGUUUUCUGGUAUCACCGCCAUCAAACACGACCAUGCCAGCCUCGUGCAAAGCUUCUCGAUUAACGAAACCUCUUUGGAAGACAUUUUUCUUAACUUUAGACCGCCCACGGGCGAAUCACGCGCCUGCCAGUUGGUGGAUGUGGUUUGAUUUUUUUUUUUUUUCCUUCACAGCCUAAAAUACUGUUUGUAUAAGUAAUAUCACAAGUAAACGUUAGAGGGAUAAAACCAUAUACAACAGCAUUCUCAAUAAGAAAGAAAUGCUUUAAAUGCGAUUUUGUAUGAGAAAAAGUGCAUUUUAGUUGUGUCUAUUCUUGAACAAGCCAUUCUUGUGGUUUUUGGCAUCUUCAUAAACGUGCAGGCCAAGUUUUUGCGAGGAAUUUUCUUUUGGGAAAUUGAUUUCAAUACGGUAAAGUACAGGCUUUUAAAGAUAAUAAUCAAUCAAAGUCGAUCCGUUAGGAUCCUACCAACUUUGCGUUUCAUGGUAAUGUUCUUUGGCCCCCUCCCCCCCUUUAUCACGCUUUUCCUAUACUUAUAACAUGCAAUGUCACACUUGCUCAGACCCCCCCUCCCCUUCUAGAGCGUUACACACUUUAUGGAUGACGGCCAACAUGUACACACAGAUAGAUUUGUUUUUGUUCGCCGCGGGAUUUGAGUCGGCAACUUCUGGAUUGUUAAUCCAGUGCGCGUUACGAUUGAUCCACCUAUAGGCAGACAUAACAUCUAUCAAGGCAAUACUAACCAGCGUCACCUGCGUUCAGGGUGGCCACUCAAGUCGGGAAAUCGGGAAAGUCGGGAAAAAGUCGGGAAUUCGCCAAAAUCCGCCAAGACUCGGGAAAAAGUCGGGAAUUUAUGAUUUUUUGUCAAAAAGUCGGGAAAGUCGGGAAUUCCAAGCAUACUUGUUUUAAAAUUAAUUUUAACUCUUCAAUAAUUUUGUAAUAUUUUGUACAAUUUUCAAAUUGAAUUCACUCAAUUCUGCUUUAGUGACUUACUAUUAAUUUAAGGUUCUUUUAACUAUUUCAAUUUUAUUGAGUAUGGAAAAGGUUUUUAAGACAUCCAAAAUCUUAAUAAAUAUUGGAUGCAGUUGACACAGAUUUUGAUAAUAUUUUUUUAUGAAUCAAAUGAUCUCUAUUAUUUUUUGUUUAUCAACAAGACGUCAAGUUAAUGAAAAACUAAAAUAAAAAUAGAGCCUAAUGUCCAGCUUAGAGUUAUGGUUAUAUUUCAUUUUGUCACAUAGAUUGAAUAUUUAAAAACAGAUACCAACUUGAGUUUGGCAAUGGUUUAUGUUUGUAAGUAUUUUUAGUUGUUUAACUAAAUUCAUUAAGCAAUUUCAAAUAUAUUUUUUCCAAAUGGUGUCCUUGAACUUUUUUUGUGAACAUGGGUAAAUUACCUUCUAUAGAUAAAGCUUGAUUUAUCAUUUCAGUUUUCGGAAAACUUAAAUAUCGAAUAAAAUCCAAAAUUGAAAAUCUUUUUUACGUUUUGAAUACAUGAAGAAAAUAUUGAAAUUGCAAAAAAAAAUAUCCAAGAAAUUUAUUGCAAAAUUGUUAAAAAAAAUGUCUCUUCAAACAUUUUGCUUAAAAUAAGUGGGAAAAUAUGAAUGAAAUUUAAAAUUCAGUUAUCUUUAACUUUUUGCCAUUUCCAGUUGGAACGAAGUAUAUCAAAAACUAUACGUUUACC